AUGGCACCUGACGCAGGUCUUUCGCGUGCCACAUUCGCAAAACUCUCACCUCAUCCAUAUCUUCUUGCCAACCUCGAGCCUUCCGACGACCAUGUUGCGCCCGCGCGAAGCAAUGGUCGCGCCCCAGAUGAAGUUCGUCCGACGACCGUCAACCUCUCAAGCUUGUCACACCCGCACGGCAGUUCUCUAGUUCGCAUGGGAGAUACGACCGUCAUCUGUGGCGUUCGCGGCGAAACCAUCUUGACACAACACAUUCCCAACUACCGUGCCUCCAACGAAAGAGAACUUCGAGAUUAUGACCUGCUUGUGCCAAACAUUGAAUUGGCCACGGGAUCUUCGCCCCAAUUUCUACCAGGAGGGCCUCCUACGACGCUGGCCCAAACCCUCAGCACCAGGAUAUAUACUCUUCUCCAUGACUCCAAAUUGGUCCAACCAGAGGAUCUGCGGAUAUGGCAUACCCGUCCAGCGGAACAAGUGGUUGCCGAUGACGACAAUGACGAGGACGACGACGAUUUGAUGGACGAAGACAAAGAUGCUGUUGAACAAAACGGAGAUAGAUACGUGGCCGCAUACUGGGUACUCUACAUUGACAUAUUCUUUAUUUCCUUCGACGGAAAUCCAUUUGAUGCUGCCUGGGCUGCGGCACUCGCUGCAUUGAAGGACACCAGACUUCCUCGAGGACGCUACGAUUCCGACCGUGACAUGGUUCUCUGCACAAGAAAGGACCCGAAGCCGCUUACGAUUACGGGCAUGCCCGUUGCAUGCACGGCGGCCGUAUUUACCGGCAAGGAGACGGAUAGACCGACUGACGGGAAGUUCUGGCUUUUGGUUGACCCUGACAGACUCGAAGAAUCACUGUGCGAUGAAAGCAUCACAAUAGUAGUAGAUUGCCAAGAAGAGGCCAUGAGGAUACUCUCCAUAUCCAAGCAUGGGGGUGUCGUACUUUCACCAGAACUCCUCAGAUCAAAGAGUCUUCUGAAAUUGGCAAGCCAGAGGUGGAAAGACGUCACAGCUGCAAUAACUGGCAACUAG